CGGGUGGUGACGUCACGUUAAGGGGCGGGUCCUGCAGUAUAUAAUGGAGGCGGGUGUGUUGUGAGGCAUCAGUCUCGACUCAUCUCUCAUCUCCAAAAUGACACUUAAUGUACUGGUUGUGGCCGCCCUUGUGGUCGUCACCCUCGCCCGCCCAGACAACACCUACAACAACGAUCCACAGCCUCCUGCUCAGUACGACUUCAGCUACACGGUGAAGGACGACGCUUCCGGCAACGACUUCCGCCAACAGGAGGCUCGGGACAGUGACUACAUACAGGGCAACUACCAUGUGCAGCUCCCCGACGGCCGUCUGCAGCAGGUAGCCUACAACGUUGAAGGUGACUCAGGCUUCGUGGCCGAGGUCACCUACCAGGGCGAGGCCCAAUACCCACCACAACAACCACAACCUUAUGCCUGAGUGCUGAACAGACCGCUUCCUACCACAACAAACUAACACCUGUCCCUGAGUGCUGAGCACUGUAAAGGUUCACUAACUUAUUAAAUGAAUGCUUUACGAAAA